AUGAAAGACAAUGAAUCGGAACCGAUCCAUCUGUUGCUGGGGGAGAUAUCUCGUUCCCUCGCUAGCAAUUCUCGUGAAUUCAAAAACUCGGAAGCUCUACAUGAAUUUUGUGAGAGGUGUCUUUGUCAAUCCCAUGAUAAAAAUGCCAGACACACUGUGACACAAUGGAUGAAGGAGAUUAAGGAUCGCGCAACCAAAAAAACCCUGUUUGACUUCAUAAACAGCAAAUGGCCUGCUCCCAUAAUAGCGUUGGAAUUUAAAACCCCGAAGCCAGACCGCAGCGAAGACUAUCCCAAAGAUGAAGCAUUUUGGGACAGAGAUGACGCAUUAAGCGUCGUGAUGGAUAAGCAACUGACAGAAAAGGAGGGGAAAAUGGGGUAUAUUUAUGUUGUUUCUUUUCACGGCUCCCCCGACAAGUUUAAAGUGGGAACUAGUGAGACCCAUUCUAAAGAUGAUCGGUUCAAAAAACAUCGAGAGUGUUAUUCUGGAUGUGAGCUGAUUUAUUGCAAGCCGGUCGGGAAUGCCAAGCGCGUGGAACAGCUCAUUUUCACGGAUUUCAAGGACUGUCAUCGUCAGCUGAAGCAACCUUGCCCGAACUGCGAACAAAGACACAAAGAAUGGUUGGUAGUGGACAAAGCCGAGCUCAUUGCACGAAUUGAAGAAUGGCGUGAAUGGAUGGAUAGCAUAAAAGAGCGUCCAUAUAAAAAGAAUGGAGCUUUCAACAUCAGAGCGAGUCGCUCUAGUCCUCAUAGGAAAUCCAUUAGGGAAUCCAUUGGAGCCUCGUCACCCGCCCCAACUCCCUCUAAGAAAGGAAAAGGUUCCCCGUCGGUGUCUCUCCCAAUUGCAUCUUCCAGUGAUUUUGAAUACUCGGAUGAUGACAGUGCGGCUGAAUUCUCCGAUGGAAACAGCUCAGGGUCAUUGGAAUCGCGACUGGAAAGCUUCAAAAUCAAAUAA